ACAGAGGAAGGUUGACUAGAGUGAGCAGCGUUCCAACGCUGUUUCCUUUCUUUUCUUCUUCCAAGUCCUAGACGAGAUCUAGAACCUCGUUGUUGUGUUGCUCCGAAAUUCUUCAGAUCUUGUCCGUUUUCUGGCUCUGCUAUAUCGGCGUCUAAACUGCGUCGUUUGGCGGUGAUAAUCGUGGAAUUGGGGAAAUGGAAGAACGGAAGCAAUCUCGUUAUGUGAAAUUGACCAAAGAUCAGACACCUCUCGAAGAAAUUACCCCUGGCGAACUCAAUCAGCCAAUUCAGGUUCCUCAGUUGGAUGUUCGCAAGUGCCCUGAAUGUAGACAGCCGCUACCUGAAAGUUAUGCACCUCCUGCAGAUGAACCUUGGAUGACUGGGAUCUUUGGAUGUGCUGAAGACAGAGAAAGCUGCUUGACUGGACUGUUUUGUCCUUGUGUAUUAUUUGGGCGCAAUGUAGAAAGAUUGAAGGAAGACACUCCUUGGACUGGGCCGUGCAUUUGUCAUGCCAUUUUUAUUGAAGGUGGCAUUUCUCUGGCAAUAGCAACUGCAGCUGCAACUUCCUUCUUUCCUGCUGUUGACCCAGGGACUGUAUGUCUCAUUGUUGAGGGUUUAUUUUUUACAUGGUGGAUGUGUGGCAUUCACACUGGUCAAGUGCGGCAAUCCUUACAGAAGAAAUAUCACUUGAAGAAUUCACCGUGUAAUGCAUGUUGUGUGCAUUGCUGCCUCCACUGGUGUGCCUUGUGUCAAGAACACAGGGAGAUGAAUGGAAGGCUCUCAGACAACAUGUUUUCAGAAAUGACCGUUGUAAACCCUCCUCCCGUUCAAGUGAUGACGAGAUCUACAGAUGAGAAGGAAACUGCUGAAACAUCUUCACCCAACAACAGCGACCACACUGAUUUGGAGAUACAGGCUGUAUAAGGCAUAGCAUUGUUAAUAUCAUGAGGUUGAGGAUACCAUGCGUUCUUAAUAGAGAUUUUUUUUUUUCUUUUGACCUUUUACUGGAGUUCUUUCUUCCUGCUUCAUUGGACGAUUCACAUGUAGGUUUAUCACAUAAACACAACUUUUUUCGGCUUUAUACAGCCUAAUUAUACCGAAUCCUUAGUUAUAGAUUUCUUUUCCAGCCUAAUUA